AUGUACGGCUUGCUUUUGGAGAAUUUUCGCAGUGUCUUGCUAGAGAAAUAUGGUGAAACGGUGUGGAACAAAAUUGUGGAGAAGUCUGGAACACGGCAUCAUACAUUUGCCACUCACAAGGUAUACUCCGAGGAUAUCAUGGUACGUCUUGUACAAGCAGCUCUGGAAGUAACGAAUGCAAGCAGAGAAACACUUACCGAAGAAAUCGGCCUUCAUUUUCUCGGAUUCAUAGGUCAGUACGGUUACGACAGGAUUUUGAAAGUCCUCGGCCGGCAUAUGAGAGAUUUCCUAAAUGGUCUGGAUAAUCUCCACGAGUACUUGCGGUUCACUUACCCGAAGCUAAAAGCACCGUCGUUUUUCUGUGAAAAUGAGACAGAGAGUGGCCUCACGUUGCAUUAUCGAUCCUCAAGGAAAGGGUUUCUGUAUUACGUGAUUGGCCAGAUAAAAGCAGUCGGUCAAUUCUUCUACCACAUUGAAGUGGACGUCGAAGUGUUGGAGUACAAUGAAAACAAAGAAGGCAGUUACGCCUUGUUUCAACUCACAUUCGACAACAGUGUUUAUAUGGAAACACGUCGACGACCUAAACGUCACUCUGUCAUAUCCCUCAAUGGCGACACCGGCAGCUUGAAGAUACCGAUGGAAAUUUUCUACGAGGUUUUUCCAUUUCACAUUGUCUUUGAUCGAGACAUGGCAAUUUCUAGCACUGGAAAUAGCUUGGAAGCUAUAUUGCCCGCUCUUCCUGGAAAAACUAUUGUCUCACAGUUCACAAUCAUUCGACCUUUCGUCCAGUUUACAUGGGAAAACGUAGGUUGCCGUGAUCUCUUUUUUUCUUAAGUAGCUUUAUUUACUUCAUUUUUCAUCCAACCUUUAGUCCUUCAGUGACCAUGAUAUGGUUUUGAUCAUUUGUGGGAUUCGUUCCCUUAAAAAUUGCCACAUUAAUUAUUUUGAAGUAAGUUUUUAAGGGCAAACGCAAUCUUUUACUCAUUUGAGGUUUAGUUAUAAUAUUGUAACUGAGUCCCUUUGCAAAUUAAAAAUACAUGUGUCGAUUUACUUUAUUAAACAAAUUUUUAAAGCUUUACUCAUAACUUGGCAACUGUCGCUACAUGCAAAACAUUGUCCCCGUACCCUUUUUUGGAAAACAUAAUUUACUUUUUACUUUGAGACCUCCAUGCAAUGAAUAUUUUGAAAGGGUUAGAGAAUUUAUCAAAGUGUUUUUUUCGGUUAAAAAUAGAGCUAUCUUGGUCCACAGCUUCAGAUACAGGUGUAUAUAGCUUGCUGCUAGGGAUAGAAUGUGCUAGUCUGUUGCAGUUUAACUCCUCAUGUUUGGGCUGAUGUUAUAGAUGUAAAGUAAAUUUUCCAAAAUAUUAUCCAAGUAAUUCCUUAAAUCUCUCUAACAAUCACAGAAUCAAAUACACUCUAAAUAUCUCCAAUUUUUGUUUCAUUAUAAACCAAUUUUGUGCUGUCAUUUUUUUCUGGUUUUGCUGGAAGGGAUGAAAAGGACAUAUUGCAAUAUAGUGUGAAUAUUAUUCAUUUGUUUCAAAUUGAUACAGGAGAAUUUAACAAAUACUUGUGGCUCAGCUCAGAAGUUUGGGUUGCUUUAGUGAGCCUUAAAGGAGAUAUUUGUUUCAAAGCUAAGGUGCAGCUAUCUCUUGUGUCUCGCUUACAAAAGGAGUUGAAUUUUUCUAUUUGAGAACAUUUUCAUUGUACCCUGCAUAGUUAACAGAUUUUAUUAAUAUACUCAACCACUGAAUCAGUUCUGUUUGAAAGAUUCAUUCCUUUUUUCAUUAACUUGGUGUGGCUUUGUGCUAUACUUAAACUUUCUUCACACAUCAAUAUUGUCGAAGUGUGUAUUAUAAAUAUGGCUGCUAAUCAUGUAGAAAACUCAGGUGAAUGGCUGCAACUUUUUAUAAUUUGGUUCUAAAUGGCAAGAUGUAAGGUUGAGUUUGAAUAGGGGAAAUGCUGCUUUUUUUUCAUGAGAAGUAAAUGUUAAAAAAGUUUAGGUUCAGUCAGAGAAAUUGUGUACCAAUUACCUUAACCUGAUUCAUGCAAAUAAAUAAUUCAAACUUCUUUGCAUUUUGAGCUUCUAGACAGAGUUAUUUUUAGAAGUCAAGAUGAAAUUUUAAUAAAGUUAUUAGUUUGUUCAUGUGUAUUUUCACUUUCAUUAUAAUUGCAUCUUCUUUGUUUCAAUAUCAAACAAUGAGAUUGAGAAAAGAUUUAAAAAGAAAAUCAGAAUUGGUUAUGAUAUAUUUUUUGUGAGGAAGAAUUUUGUUGUAGAGAAUCUUCUUUUUGAACAAGAAUUGCAUCUUUAAUAUUUAAAAAAUAUGUUUCUCUGAGGUAGAUCAUAGUUUUGUCUCCUUUUACUUUUUAUUUAAUAUGUAUAUACUUCCUGCGUGUUCAUUAAACGAAGUGAAUUUCCAUAGAUAAGUGCUAUCACACAAUGUCUAAGUGAUAAUGGAUGCAAUGAAAAAUUUUUUCCCCUGUUGAAAAUAAACAACAUCAUUUUGACUUUGAGUUUGAGUUGAAUUCAGAGUCUCUUAGUAUUCAAGUGUAGCCUCUGAAUUUUCACUUACUUCUAAAUAGUUAAAGCAAACAAUAAAUCAGACAAGUCUGAAAUUUUGCUCAUUUCUAUAUGAAAUGAAAUAGAUUUUCAAAUAUUGUUUGAUUUUAGCACCAGGGAUGAAGCUAAAAUUUUCAAUAGAGAGAAAUUUUGAAGCAAAACUGAGUUAUAGGGCUUUUUUUUAUAUUGGGAAGUAAAUAGAGAGAUAUUUUCCUUGGGUUGUAGACUUCAUCUAUGGUAGUGAGUACAGGUGUAUUUAAAGGCAAGAUUUUACAGCUGGAAUUUUUUUACUCUGUCAACUAAUAUACUCCUCUGACAAACCUUCCAAAAUUAUGUAUAUCUGAAGUGGGAUAAUUGCUUCCUCAUUAAUUCUGACACUUUCCCACAAUACUUUAAUCACUAUACAUAUUUUCCAAUUUGUGGUGUCAUGAAGAUCACAUAAAGAUCUGAUGGUUACCCACAAAUUGUCACCAUGUAAAAUCUCUUUACAUUUUUGUGUUAAAGAAAGAUAAUUCAGGAACAGUUGAUUGAAAAGAAGUGAACUUGAACAUCUUUCAUUCACAGGUUACAUUGCAUACAAAUGUGGUAUUUGAAUUACAGUCAAUCAAGCCUGUGUUACAGAAUAGUGCUGCUUUUGUGGAGAAUGGUGCAAAUGGAGAAAUGGUUUUAAAUGGAACUGAUAAAGGUGUCUCCAAUGAAUUAUGUUACAUCCAUCUUAAGGGACAGAUGCUGUAUAUGGAAGACUGGCAAUCAAUGGUAUACCUUGCUACUCCGAUGUAAGUGAUUUUGGAAUCUGUGAGUUUGAAUUAUAUAUUUUUUGUGUUACUUUGCAAGGUGACCAUAUUUUUGUGUAUGUUGUGGGUCAUAGAUAUUCAUAGACAGAUGAAGUUUAAAAUUAUUUUCCUGAAAUACUGAAUUUUCAUGGGAAGAGAUUUCAAUGCAUAGUUGGGAGAUAGAAGGCCUUCAUUUUGCAUUCCACGUGUCUAAUAUUUAAUAUUUAUAUUGCGCAUUUUCUAUUGAAAAAUAAUCAAAUAGGCAUUACAAACAUUACAAUAAAUACAAAAUAAGAACCUAUUUACAAUCACUACGAAAUCAAAGAAGAAACCAUACUAUUACAAUUGGCCAGAAGAAAUUAAAGUAAUUUGCAGAGAAAACUUUAUAAAAAUCUAAACAUAAACUAAUUGUACCAAAAAAAUGCCUUGGUGAAUAAAAAUGUCUUAAGUUUCUGUUUAAAAUCACUUUUGUUGCAAGCAGAUCUAAUGCUUAUGGGAAGACUGUUUCAAAGCUGUAGCGCUGCUGCCAUGAAGGAUCAAUUCCCCCAUGGUAAUUUUCAUGAAAUGCUUUGGGUGCUCAGAAAAAUUCCCUUGUUGUUAUUUCACCGUAAAUCAUGAUGGGAUGGCUGUAAAACAGAAAUCAAAUGGCUGAGAUUUUUAGGAGCUGAGCCCUGGAGUACUUUAAAGGUGAUCAAAAGAAUUUUAAACUCGAUACAUAGGUGGAUAGGCAGCCAGUGAAGUUGUUGAAGGAGCGGCAUAACAUUAAAGUGUAUGGGUGCGCAGAAGAUCAAUUGCACACAGGCAUUCAUAACACAUGGGAGUUUUUGCAUGUGAUGGUCAGGGAUGUAUGCAUGUAUGUAAAUCACAUACAGAUAAUUAUUAAGUAAAUGGAAACCAGAGGUAGAUAAAUUGUAUUCCAAGAUAGGUUAAUUUAAGGCAAAGAUAAUGUUGAAACAUAUAAUUGUAGUUCUUAUCUGACUUAAUGCAUCAUGACUGGGAUAUUAAAGGUUUCUGUCACUGAAAGUUUAUGAAAGGGCAGAUGUUUAAAUGUACUUUAACAUAUUAAUAAGAGGAUCUACCACUUGAGGGAACUAUUACCACUGGCCCCUUGGAGUCAUUUAGAAUGGAAACCUCAUAGUGCCUUAAUUUUUAGAUUUUUGUGAGAAAUUUUAAUAAAGAUCUGGAGUUACUCCCCAGUAAGGCAAAUGAAUUCUCCAAGAAAUAGUCACUUUUUGGAUGAAAGUCCUUUCUCAUUAAACUUUGUUUUUCCUAAUUCUCCCAAAUCAAACUCUUUAAGUUUCAGUGUGAUGUGAUGUGAAUAACUUGAUGACAAACAAACUCCAAACUAUAAUAUAUAUGCUACAGCCAAUUAUAAACCACUUUGUUGCUUUGCUAUCAAUAUGUAAAUUAAGAAAUUUAUUUGUAGUCAUUACCAAUAGGCAUAUUUAUUUAGUAAUUAAACCCCUUUUGGCAGCUGUUAUGUUGGCUGAUGUUGUCCACAGCUGAGAGAAAAAUGAAUAUUUGGCUAAGAAGUGAAGCUUUGAGGCAAAUUGUGAAAUUUUGAGAACAAUCUCUCAGAAAGGGAUGCUAUCAGCCAACAUACUAGCAAGCCAGAAGGGAGGUUGUAUAUUUUAUAACCCUCCCAUUAAUUUUUAUAUCAUACAAAAACUGCUUGUAAAAAAGUAAGGUUGAAUUGAUAGCAGAAGCAUAUUUGUAACCAACUUUUUGAUAUUACUAUCUCUCAAGACUCUACAAAACAAGCUUGUUUUAUUCUCAUGUAAAAUAGGAGAGAUGAAUCAUGAAACUCUUUGACUGGCUUUUUCCACUGCUUAUAUCCCCUUUUUACAAGAAUAAUUGUUAGAAAAUGCAGACAAAGAUGGGAUUAUUGCAAGAUAGCUGUCCAGUGAUUUUGCACAUAAAGUAGCCAAUAAUGUCAUGCAAAAAUUAAUGGCUGGGUUAUAAUUGGUGAUAUUACACCUUGUUGGGGUUUUUAAAAUCAGGAAUACAUUUUGUUAGCAAAGUCACAGGAUCUUAGAAGACAUGCAGUCUAAUUUGUGCUCUAAUUACAGCAUUGAAAAGUUGGAUGUGAUGUGCUCCCUUGGAUUGUACAUCAAUGACCUGAGCAUGCACGAUUCAAGCAGAGACCUUGUGCUUGCUGGAACACAGCAGUCAGCAGAACUCAGGCUGGCUCUUGAUCAGGUUUGUUAGACAAUAUUACUGGUAAUCCUUUGACCCCUUAUGUUAAAAGCAACCAGCAUCUAGUUUCUCUUUACAAUAUUACCCCUGAAUCAAACAAGUUCUAAGGAAUAAAGUAAAUGAUCACCUACUAAAGAAACUCUUGAUUGUUAAACAAAUUCUUCUUGGCAGCACCCUAGGAAAUGUGUAGAGAAUAGUAUGGAGAAUAUUCAUACUGAUUUUAAGGUGUCAAGGGUUAAGCCUUCUCUGUGGAUAACAUUAACACCCUAUUACAGCUGAGCCAUGAAUUUAGACAAUAAAAAUUGCAUUUUCUGAAUUUCUCUUUUUGAAUGUAUUCAUGUACAAGAUUUCACAAAUGUAGCAUAAUAUUACAUGCACUUGUAGGAAUGCUUUCAUAGAAAACAAGAUAAUAUUUAUCUAUGUUAAAUAUUUGUGUUUAAAUGCCAGAAUGAAGUUAUGAAGUUCUUCUACAGAUCUGGGGAAUGAUUCUUAUCAAAAAAAUUGUAUUUGAGAGCAUGAUAAGUGAAUAUCUUUUUACAACAUUUUUCAAAAUGCAUGCUGUGUACAUGUAGUGGGGUGUAGCCUGCAAAAUGACCAGUAGAUGCAUUUGAAUAAACAUAGAGAAAACAAUUAACAUUCAAGUGUUCGAUAUAUAGCAAAUAGAUCAGAUUGUUGAUAAUAUUUUAACAACAGUUGCAUUGUAAAUAUACAUUGCUAACUUCGUUAGUGGUCUUUCUUAGCUGGUUAUACUGAUCAAUGAGAAUCUGUAAAGUGGAAGCAUAGCAGAAAUUUGAGUAUUUUGGCAGCUGUCAGUUUGAGUAUGUUUAAUGCAAAUUUAAAUCUUUUUUUUUCCUGUUCCCCUACUGGGUGGAUCAGUCAUAUAUUCACUUUGUUGCUAGAUGCCUGCAUAUUGCUCCAUGAUAAUACAGUAUGCAAACAAUUUUAACCAUCUUAAGUUGAUAGAUCACAUAGGUAUAUUAGCAUUGAACUCUCCACAGUUUGUUAUUGUCAGAUAACAAAACAAAAUCAUUAUAAGUCAAUAACUAGUACAUUAUCAAGACAAUCUGAAGCUCAAGUUGGUGUGUUCAAUAUUGUUGAGUGUUUUUAUUGCUUAAAAAGGCAUGCAGCUUGUUGCUGAAGGAAUCUCAUUGAUAUAGUUCUUAAAUGUUCUUGAAUCUUUACAAUCUUUAUGCGCACUUUCCUGCAGAAAGUUUAAUAUUCUUGAAAAAUUGAUUUAAUUUAUGAUAAAUAUUAAUCCCAGUGUUCUUGUGAGGAGUUCAUGAGCUCCAAGACAUGUGAUGUGAUUUUUUCCUCUCCUUACCUGUUUCUCUGCAUAUGGAGUACCCCCCUUCCUAUAAAAGAAGGGAAAACAUACAAUGAAUGUUUAAAAACUCAACUACCCUAUCCAUGAAAUAUAUUUUUAUUUGUUAAUGAUCAUUUUAUUUUACAGGAAUUGAUCAAAAGUGCGAAGCUUGAGGAGAGCAUGAAGGAACUAGACAUUGAGAAGAGGCGCACUGACUCACUGCUCUAUCAAAUGAUCCCCAGAACAGUUGCAGAUCGCCUCAGGCAGGGUGAACCAGCUCUGAAUACUUGUGAGGUAUGCAAAUUCACAACACCGUGCCAUUUACUUGUAUUGAUUGGACAUUGCAAUUAAUUAUCCCAAGUAAGGUUUUAUUGGGCAAAAUUGUGUGCCUUGUGUGUUUAUCCCUUCCCUGUGGCCAUCACCCAUUUGCUGUUUUUUAAGAAACCCUCUGUUAACAUCAAUAUAUACCUCCAUAUGUGCAGUACCUGGGCAUUAUCAAACAAUUAUGCAAUUAAUCCCUUAAAUCCUGAGUGUGUGAGUGUCUUUUUUUUUUCCAGAUGUUCCAUGAUGUGUCUGUGCUGUUCAGUGAUGUGGUUGGAUUUACACACAUUUGUUCACUUAUUAGCCCCAUGGAAGUGGUGACCAUGUUGAACAAUAUGUACACUGUGUUUGACCAGAUCAGUGAGCAGCAUAAUGUCUACAAAGUGAGUGAUAACCUAUGGCUGACAGCAAGCUUCUUGAUUCUGCAUCAAACUUGGGAAUGUACAAAUAUCUUUUCACAGGAAUUCAGUGACUCUAUUUAUUUAAAAGAAUAGGGGAAAUAGUCUUGGAAUUGCCCUUUUAAAACAGUUCAAUAUCACUCACUCUCUCUCUCUCUCUGUUAUUCCAUUUCAUAAAAAUGUUAUUCACCUUUUCCCAUCUUCUUUGCAUAGUAUUGUCUUUUUUCCCCUUAGUUUUUGUUUGGAAGGUUUUAAGGAUUAAUUUUACCUUACCAUAUGGAGAAAUCAGAGUCAAUGAAAUGGCCUCAUUAGAGCUGCUUAUAUCCCCUCUAAUCUUAGUCCAUGAUUUCUUUUGGAGUCAAACCUUUAUCAUCAUCAUCCACAUUGUCAAUGCUGUUCUCUAUAUUUCCUUUGGUCUUGACAAGGAGAAUUUUUAACAAUCAAAGUUUCUUGGGUUGGAAAUAAUUUUCUCUACUCUUUUGAUCUUAGUGAAUGAUAUCAGCAGAAUAACUCUGAGGAGUUUUUUGUUACAGGUGGAGACAAUUGGUGAUGCAUACAUGGUGGUGAGUGGUGUCCCUGAAAGGAGUAUGUAUCAUGCAGAACAUGUUGCAGACCUUGCACUGGAUAUGAUAGCUGCCAUGCCAACACUCAGUGAUCCAUCAAAAUCAAGUGAAUACCUUAAGAUAAGGAUAGGUAAGGAAAUGUUUGCAGUAAAGUUCUCAUUAAUUAACUGUACUAUCAUUUACAUUUUCACUCAGGUUACAUGUAAUAAAGCGAAUGGUUUGAAACCAGGGGUAACAGUCAAACCUACAAGAGUGACUUACUUAGGUGAUGCAAUGCAAAUGCAGUGCAAAUGCAAUGCAAAUACAAGGGAAGGUGUAGGGUCAAUAAAUAACAAUAAUAGUGAUCCAUUGAUUUUGGGGAAAAUUCAAAGAAUUGCAGAGCCAUAUUGCUGAGUCAAGUGAAGAUUGGCCAUGAUGUGAUUGCACCCCCAAUUAGCACUUUACCACCAUGUUUGACCAUUAAUUUUAACAUCCUUCUUGAAUACAAACUUCUGCUUCAAAUUUGUGUGUGUUUUUUAUAUUUUGAAUCUGAAGUUUAUAUUUUGAAUCUGAAUAAACAGACAUGUAUUGGUGCAGAUCCUAAUGAUGUUUGCACAUCAAAUGCAAGUGUGAAGGGUGAAGAUGAGUGUUUUUGUAUGAAGUCAUUGUGUUUCAUGGUUAUUGUGUCAUGAGAAGUACUAUUCUAAGGUCAUGAUUCUUCAGCCAAAUCAUUUGGUCCGUAUAAGAAUUCGAAACAGUAAUUAAUGCUUGUCUUAAUUCCAUAUUAGGUGUACAUACUGGUAUGGUUGUAGCAGGUGUUGUUGGUUUGAAAAUGCCUCGGUAUUGUUUGUUUGGUGACACUGUCAACACUGCUUCUAGGAUGGAGUCUACAGGAUUGGUACAUAUUUACUUUUUUAAGUACAUCAUUGUUUUUUUUUUAAGAAAAGUAAGAUUAGAAGGCAUGAAUACAAUUACAAAAUUCAAAGCUGAGUUAAAAGUCACAGCUCAGGUCAAACUGGUGACAUUUUAGAUGUGCAAUUUUUAUAACGUUAAAAUAUCUCUUCUAUUAAAACAAUUUUCGUUUUCAUGAAGGUACCUUGAUGAAGAAUGAAGUAUAGUAGCUUGCUUACACUUUAUAAAAGCAAGAUUAAGACAUAAUUGUAAUGUGCUAAUUUUUUUUUCCUUUUUGUUUUUUUGUUGUUCUAACUUGUUUUACUUUUUUCUUUUCAUUUUCAUGGCAUGCUGUUCUGUGAUUUACUAAAAUAUCUCGGAAUGUUUUCUUGUCUGUCUAGGCCAUGAAAAUUCAUGUUAGUGAGACAACUUACAGUUGUUUACAAGCUGCUAACUAUCUCAUGAAGCAAAGAGGGAGUAUUGAUAUCAAGGUACUCAUUCAUUUUUGCAAACUCCUAUUUCAGUUGUUAAUACCAAAUUACCUUGUUAUACUCUCCAAAUGAUGCAGCACAGUUUCUAUAGAACCACAGUUUCUAUAGAAACUUACCCCCUUUAUUCAUUAACCUACAUAGAACUUACCAUAAACAUGUAUGAACUUGGCUUACAUUAGCAAUACAGAAAGAAUCCUGUGCAGAGAGUUGGUAGAAAAGAUGUUAAAGUUUGAGCUUGGUUAUGAAAAUGAAAGUUGGUAAACCCUGGCCAGGACAGUACAGGAAAAGAAAAAUUAGAUGCAUUUUAGUUAUGACACUGACUUCUCUCUGUAUACUUGCUGUUAGGGAAAGGGAGGAAUGAAGACUUUCUGGCUUGUUGGUAAGAAAGAUGGAGGAGAAGCGGUCCAGUCUUAUAUGUCUAUGGUGGGAGGCCACACUACUGCAAUUGGGGGACACCAUCAGGGGGAAAUGUCUCAUGCUACCAUGGGGAGCCAUACUUUUCAGCCCAAGGCUGAUUCUGUGCCUGAAGAGGAGGAACUCAUUGAAACAGAAGAUGAUGUAGUGAUACCACAGAAAGACUGUCCAGUUGCCUACUAUGGUCAUGUUCCUCACACACCACACAGCUCUAAUAAUGGAGUUCUCUUCCAAUGGGAAAAGGUGGGAAAAUAAGUUUUUUUGUGCCAUAGUUACACAAAGUUUUGCAUUUCCAAUGAGCUUCAAUGAAUAGGUGUGGAAAAAAUGCCAAACUAGAACCAACAAUAUCUGAUUUUUUAAUAAAAAUUGAUGUAGGCAGUUGUGACUUACACUUUAGUAAUACCUUUUAAUGCUACAUUCACCAAGAAAAAGCAAACUUACCAUUUCUCUUUUCUUUUUUUUUUUUUUUUUUUUUUCUUUUUUUUUCAGGUCAAUUUUAAAGAAGAUACUUUAAUAGAGGUUGACAAUCCUGCUGUGGAAGAGAAACAAAACAAAUCAGACAUGAAAAAUGGACCAAAUACCCAGAAGGAAGUAAAGGCCAACAAUUCCAAUUCGACACUAACCACCAUGUGCAGUCUUUUCUAA